AUGGAGAAAGGAGAGGAACAGCUCCAACCCAGCUCUUGUGGCAGCGGCCAAAACACCCCAGCUCGCCUGAAGCUCUGUGAGCCCCCAACUCGGCGAGCAGCCAGCACGGCCCCGUCAGCAGGUGCCAAUUCACCAAGCGUGAAUAUUCCCAGUGCACCACGCGGGAGCAGAGCGCAAAGUGGCUCUGGGCUGUUUACAGGUUUACUUCACCCUGUUGAGAAUUACAUGCCGGUGAAGAUCGUAGCACCCGAGCUGCACGAGGGAAAUUCAGAUUCAGAGGAAGAUGAACCAGCAAAGAAGAAAAAUAUUUUUCAGGGACGUGGCGAGGGCUCUGGCUUGUCCGCUCUGCUUCCUCAACCCAAAAACUUGACGGUGAAAGAGACCAAUCGGUUACUUUUGCCCCACGCUUUCUCGAGGAAAGCAGCCGACAACGCCUCCGAGUCGAAGCCUGCAAAAGCCCCGACCUCAUCCUCCAAAACAAAACCUCCGUCUAAGCCGGCCGUAGCCACAACUCCUUCUCCCUCUGCUAUCAAAGCUGCUGCAAAGAGCGCUGCCCUCCAGGUAACCAAGCAGAUUACGCAGGAGGAGGACGACAGCGAUGAAGAGGUCGAGCCAGAGAACUACUUCUCCUUGUCCGACAGGAGCGAGCCCAGCGUUGUUGCUGCUGAGGCGUACAUGUACUCAAGCCCCGUGGUGUCAGAGGAGCCACCACCUGGGACGGAACCGGAGCCGCAGUUCCAAGAUGCUGCUGCCAACGCUCCUCUGGAGUUCAAGACCGGCGUGGGUUCCAGUGCUGCUCAUCACAGCUGGCUGCCCAAAUCCGGAGAAGAUUAUGACAGUCAGCCCUAUGGCCAGUUCCCUGCUUAUGGCGAUGCUGGCGGGACUGAUGCGUAUUAUCAGGAUUACUACAGCAGUGGGUACUACCAGGAGGUGGAACCAGCACAGGCACCGCCGCAGGAGAUGAGCACCGACUCCUCCUUCCUAGAUGAUGAAGCGUUCAAACGGCUGCAAGGCAAGCGAAAUCGGGGGAGAGAAGAAAUCAAUUUUGUGGAUAUCAAAGGUGACGAUCAGCUGAGUGGAGCCCAGCAGUGGUUGACCAAAUCCUUAACAGAGGAGAAAACCAUGAAAUCAUUCAGCAAGAAAAAAGGAGAUCAGCCCACAGGACAGCAAAGGAGGAAACACCAGAUCACAUACCUGAUCCAUCAGGCGAAGGAAAGAGAACUGGAACUGAAAAACACGUGGUCUGAAAACAAACUCAGUCGACGUCAGACUCAAGCCAAAUACGGAUUCUAACACCUCUGUCCCAUGUUUUGGCUCUUGUCCCAGGUGACUUACUGUGUCAGACCUCUCCUGGCCUUCGGAGACCAGCUGGGCUGGCGUUGAGUGCUGUCUGUCGGUGGGUGGGAGGAUAUUGCACUCCCCUGUCAGGAAAAAGGUUUCUUUUGAGCCGUUCCUGAAACUCCACCUGUAAUCGUUCCCCCGUCCUUAACAAACAAUAAUGUGGAAGGUUCAAAUCAGGUCUGUUUUGUACAGCCAGCAACAGUCCCAGGGCAGCUGCAGGAGCUGUGCCUGGUGCAAGGCUGCUGUCCUGUAGGUGCAGGGCUGUGUGUCUGAAGCAGCCUCGUCACUGGAACCUGAGGCAGAGUCUCUCUAAACUUCCACGUCCCACUUUGCUCCUUCCUCAGACUCGCUGUACAUCAAGAAUGUCAUUUUUUCAUUCUAAAGACACUUUCAAGAGCCAUCCUGUUUGUUGUUUUUUCUUUCGGUUGUUAUUUUAGAUGAGACGUGAUCAUGGCUGUUUCAUUUUGGCUGAGUAAAUCCCGUGCUCCUCUCAUA